CGAGGACAGCUCACCAAAAAAUCAGUGAUUUUAUUUUACAUUUUCAUUUAAAUCUUAUAUUUUGUUUAUUUGGCCUGCACAAAAAAGGUGUAUAAAAGCCUAACUCUGUGCACAUAUGUAUAUAUGUAAAAUAUAUACAUACAACGGUGUUUAAUCAGCAUUGAAAUUAAAACAAGUUUUUGGCUGUCCAAUUGGAUUUGGCAAGAUUGUGAUUGUGUGAAAAAUUGUAAAGCAGCAAAUUAAGCUAAAAUGGUUGAUAAAUUUAUUAGUAUGUGGAAAGUGCGCGAAUUGGCGGACAAAGUCACCAAUGUUGUUAUGAACUACACAGAAAUCGAGGGGAAGGUGCGCGAGGCAACAAACGAUGAUCCAUGGGGUCCGACGGGUCCGCUUAUGCAGGAACUGGCGCAUGCCACCUUCUCCUACGAGACCUUUCCCGAGGUCAUGUCCAUGCUAUGGAAGCGCAUGUUGCAGGACAAUAAAACCAACUGGCGACGCACCUAUAAAAGUCUGCUUUUGUUGAACUAUUUGGUGCGCAAUGGCUCGGAGCGCGUGGUAACCUCGUCGCGCGAGCACAUCUACGAUCUGCGCUCGCUGGAGAACUAUACGUUCACGGACGAGGGCGGCAAGGAUCAGGGUAUUAAUGUUAGGCAUAAGGUACGAGAGCUUAUAGACUUCAUUCAGGACGACGACAGACUGCGCGAGGAGCGUAAAAAAGCCAAAAAGAAUAAGGACAAGUACAUUGGCAUGAGCAGCGAUGCGAUGGGCUCACGCAGCAGCAGUGGCUACGGUGGUUACAGUGGCGGCAGCGGCGGUGGCAGUGGUGGCUACAAUGAUAGCGAUUUCCGUAGCAAUCAUCGCGGCGACAAUUGGUAUUCGGAUAAAAGCUCUGCAGAUCGCUAUGAGGAUGAGGAUACGCAAUAUGAUGGCGAACGUGAGGGCAGUGACAGCGAUUCUCCUAGUCCCAGGCGCAAUUAUCGUUACAAUGAUCGAGCCAGUCCCGCCGAAAUGGCCACCGAGAACGCCAAAUCGUCCAACCUCAAUAUGAACAUACGCGCCAAGGCGGUCAGCUCGCCUGUGUCCAAGCAGCCCACAGCCAAUGCAAAGCCAACGAUGAAGCAGCAGCAAAAGAUUAAUCUGGGCGCGGCGGCUAACUUUGGCAAACAGUCAGAUGCAGCGGCCGCUGCCGGCAUACACUCUCCCACCCAUCGUGACUCACCCAGUGGCAACAACACCAGCGUUGAUCUUAUGGAUAAUGCCUCGCCCAACAAGCAGCACAACAACAGCAGCAGCAACAACAACAAUAAUGAACUCCUGGACGACCUCUUCAAGACCUGCGCCUCUGUUAAAGGCGAGCAAACGCUAAACAGCGCAGCCCUCAACGAUGAUGAUGAUGACUUCAAUCCACGUGCUGCUGAUGCUCCAAGCUCACAAGAGUUUGGCGAUUUUUCCACUGCUUUUGGUGCAGCUGCAGCCCCGCCGCCAUCAACAGGUUUGCCCCGAGCGCCAAGCAACGAUGAGUUUGCAGAUUUUACAGCAUUCCAAGGUGCCAGCACAACGACGCAACUGGAUGCGCAGCUGUUGAGCACAGCGACGCCAGCGAACGAUGCUUUUGAUUUAUUUGCCAGCAGCGCUCCAGCAGUGACGCCAACGCCAGCAGCGACGUCGACAGCAACAGAUCUGCUUGCGGGACUGGGAGAUUUGUCCAUACACCAGAGCAUGCCAAUGGCUGCCGGUUCGCAGCCAGCAUCAGCGUCAACGUUAACGUCGCCGCCAACUGCAGCAGCGCUGGAGUCAUUGAAUGAAGCUAUAGCACAGUUACGCAGCUUGGAGCAAGUGCAAAGCGGCGCGCAGACGCAACUAGUGGACAACGCGCUCAAGCAACUGUUACUAGCAAAUGCACUGCCGGGCUAUGUGACGCCGCAGCAGCUGCUGGGCAGCGACAGCGAACAAACGGAUUGGUCGCCGCUUAUUACUAACGGCAACUAUGCGCAGCUGCUGGCGCAGCUUGGACGACUUUUUAACCAGCAGUGCCCACGCCCUGAGCAAGAUCGCACGCUACUGAACAUAUACAAGCUGGAUUAUAAUUUGGACUACAUACAACUGGCCAUAGAGUCGCUGCAGUUGCAACUAAAGCGUGUGCCCAUUACAGCAAGCUCCAUGCUGGCUGCACUUUUGCAGGAUGAGCGUUUGCUGGCCAUAAGCCUGUUACACAUGUGCAGGCAGCGAGGAGUGUUGGUGCAACGCUUUGCCGCCACCAUCAAGCUGCUGCCGGAGCCGCAAUUGGAGCAGCUGGACGCGCAGUUUGGCGAGUAUCUGCAAUUGCUUUGCGCGCUGCCCAGUCAGGUGGGCAAUGCCUUGGAACGCCAGCUACCGCUGUUAUUUGCUCCUGCUGCCUAUGGGCAGCUAUUGUUGCAGCAAUGGCUCAAGGCGUUGCACUUUGUUCUGCAGUUUGACGCACUUCAACAGAGCUACGAUGCAAGUCCGUUUAGCUGGUUGCUGGAACGCGUGUUGAGUCAGUUCUUUGAUGCGAAGCUGUUGCAACAACUGUUGCAAGUGCUGCAGCAUUAUGCACUGGAUGGCAAUAAACGUCCCUACGUCCAGCUGAUAUUACGGAAUCUGAAACCAGCCGCGUGCCUUAAGCUUGCACAAACGGCGCUUCAAGCGGAACUGAAUCUGUUGCUGUUGCUGGGCGCCGAAGCAUUGCAACUGCCACACUGGUCCCACUGCUUGUUGCAACAGCUGCCGCUGCAACGUGCGCCAGUCGAUAUUGCUGCGCUCUGUAGUUUGGUAAGCUAUCUAAAUGCAGUGGCGCCCGCCAAGCUGCGUUUGCUCUUCGAGCAGCUGCUGGGAAUUUGGAGCAAGCGUCUAACGCUGCAGAAGCUAAACCAGCAAGAGCAUCUGGCCAUGUGCAAGCUGCUCAUCUUGAGCGCUAAAUGCUGCAAGGAACUGGAGCUGGAGCAGAAGCGACAGCUGCAUCAAGCGCUCGGUCAUCAUUUGCAGUCGCCGGAUGCAGUGCAGCGUUAUAUGGGCAUGAAGUGUGUGGAAUUGAUAUAUAAUAUGCUGGAGCCGGAAAAGCGCCUAAGCUUUGAUUAUGCAGCUAUGGAGCGGCAGCAGCUGCUGCAGCAACUGGAGCAACUGGCCAGCUUUAAAUAUCCAAGUGUUGAUCAAUUGUUAUCGCCACCAGCACAGGCUGAACUGCUGGAGCAGCACUUGGCGCUAUUUAUGCAAAGCGAGCAGCAGCAGCAGCAGACGCAAUCGACAGAACAGCAGUUGGAAGCGUCACUGGAUUCGGAUGAUGACUCAUCGCCAAUGCCAUCGCUAUCAACUGCUGCCAUGGACGACUUAGAUGAGGAUGACUUGCCCGCCUAUGACAUGUCCAACGAUGUGCCCAGUCAUAUGGAGCAACGUCCCAAAUUUCUGCAAGACUUGCUGCACACGCUGCGCAGCAAAGUGGAGAACUAUCAAAUCUUCGAGGCAGCUUUAUCCACAGCGGAGCAGCUCAUACGCAGCCAGCUAAGCCUGCAGGAUGUGCAGCUGGCGCUGGAGCUGCUGCAAGUAUUUCUCACACUGGAGAUGCAGUUCUACUACGAGCACUUUGAGCGCACCCAGUUCCAAUGCUGUGUGGCCAUUUGUGUGGCACAACCGGGCGCCUGUGGCGAGUUGCUCACGCGCGAAUUUCAUACGGAUAACUCGCGUUAUUCGGCGAAUGUGCGCAUUCUUAUACUACAAGUGCUGGCGGCAGCUGCUAAGCAUCUGGCAGAUCCCAGCCAGGAUAACAACCCAGCCGAACAGCAGGACAUAGCGCCACCUGCCGCCAAGCAGCCGCGUAAAUUUGUUUUAAUUAGCGACGAGAGCGCCGCCGCCGCACGCUUGGAGCAGGCUCAGCGUAUGAUUAAGGCGCGUCUGCUGGCCAAGACCAAACGCUAUCAUGGCAAAGUUGCUGCGGUGAAAGCUCAAGCGAAUGCUUUUCACGCCGUCGCUGGCAUCUUCUUCUUUGGCCUGGUGCGCGGUCAGCGCACGCGUCAAAUGCUUUAUGUUAAAUACGAGUGCAUCUCACAUGACAUUGACACCCAACUGCUGCUCAAUAUGUUGCAUACAUUGGCGACUUUUAUCACCUGCGCACAGAAUUGUCCACUGCUGCCCGCAAUGAGCCGCGAGAUCUUUGACCUGUGCUCCUUUGUGCGCUUCCAUGCGGAGGCCAAAGUGCGUGCGGCUACGCUGCAGCUACUAGGCAUUGCCUUGGUCACCAUGCCAGCUGAGCUGCUCGCUCUACAUUUUGCCGAUGCACUCAACGAACUGCAGCGCUGGCUGCAAGAGAUUACGCGCUCCCCACUUGUUGGUGGCGAGUCUUCGGAUGACUGCCGUGAGCUCGCCCAGCAGCUAAUGGACAUCUGCUAUCAGCAGCUAAAUGCGGUCUAAUAACUAUAACAGUUAUGCUAAAAUAGUGCGCACAAGUUCCUUACAAUAAAUAUGCAUGAUAGGCUUAAAGAUUGAACAAAAAUAGUAUUUAAAACCAAAACAUCGAAUAAACUUCAAAGCCCAUAGAUUUGCAAAAGUAUCUUAAGCCCAUUUAAGUAACUUAAAAUAGUUUUGGUUAGCUCCACACUAGGCUUAACUUAAUUAAGCUUUACAGUAUGUCUUCAAUAUGUAUGUCAAGUUAUAUUU